GCAAUUCUUUUUGGAUCUGGAAAGGCGUUAUUGACCAUGCUGAUUUGAUAGUUGGAAGAUUAAAAUGGAGAAUAGGAAAUGGUUUGCUUGUCCCCUUAAACCACCGUUUAUGGUGGCCCAUGCAACAAGAUCUUGGACUUCACAUGGAUGAUAAAAUGGUGUCUAAUCUUUUAUUGUAUGUGUCUUCUACUUGGAAUCCCAUGAUUUGGAAUUCUCAUAUGAUUAACCUUGUAGCUAGGAUAUUGCCAAGCAAAUUAUGAGUUUACCUACUUCCUUUUUAAAUCUAUCUGACAAAUUAAUUUGGAAUGGUAACCCCUGAGGUGAGUACCUUGUUAAAGAUGGCGUGAAGAUCAUUUGGUCUAUGCCUGAUAUUAUGAGCACAAUUUCUUCAGAUUUCUGUUGUCUUCUGUGGAACCUAGAGGUACCAUAUAAAUAGUUGUAAUUCAUUUGGAAACUAUUAAAACAAGCAUUGCUGGUCUUUGAUAUCUUGAAGAUUCAUCAUCUCAACAGUCUCACUUUGUGCCAAUUUGGUUGUGAUGAAGAGGCAUCCUUAGAACACUUGUUCUUUUCUUGCCCUUAUACUAGAGUCCUUUCAUAUGGCUGCUUUUCAAUUCGGCUUAAGCUUGACAGCUUUGAGGAUUUCAAAAUCUGGAUUACUUCAACUUUCCUUGCUUUGCAAAAAGAAGGUCAUUCACACUUAAUUUGUGGGAUUAUUUGCUUAUUGCAUACCAUCUGGCAGAAAAGAAAUCGAUUUUUACAUGAGGGUAAGAAGGAAUCUCCCUUGUUAGUGAUUCAGGAGGCUCAACAUUCAAGCUCAUUCUCUGCUUUUGGUUUUGACUAUGCUUGUGAGCAAACCUGUUUACACCAAAACCUGAAAAUUGGAUCUGCCUCAACAACUUAUUCAGAUGCAUGAUUGGGAUAUUCUUCUAUAUAAAUAUAAAAAUGCUCACAUCCACUAUUGUUAUCGUAUCCUUUGUUAUCAAGGCAAACCCUUGAAAGAAUUUCUCUGGUGAAAUCUCACUCUGGCAGGCAAUCAUUUCUUUCCAAAUGUCUCAAGGCAUCUUUAUUUUGGAUAAAAGAGUCUAUCAUGUUAACCUUUCAGGCCCAACCAUUGUUGGGCAUCUAUAGUGUUAACAAGAGAUUUCUGCAACUUCCUGCUUGCUCCAUCAAUCACCCAACUAUUACUUGGCUGGAAAUCCUAGCAUUUCUUCACAAUUAUUCUUAUUAUAAGUUUAAUGUCAUUUCUAAACACUGUUUUCUUCAUUUUAAUUUUUUUUCACUGUUUUACUCUUAGUAUGUACUUUGUAAACUUUGUUUGUUUUUUAAAAUAUCAUUUUGUCUAUGGUUCAAAAAAAAAAAAUAAUGAACAACGAUGAGAAUCGAAUCAAAUCACAACAUAUAACCAAUUUUGGUGAGAUCUCAAGAGUUAGAUCUGCAACGAUGGGUACUUAGAAGGGUACUUAGAACAGCAUCUGGUAUGAGGAUUUGAAGGAGGAGGAAGACAGCAUCCAGAUCUCCUGUAAGCCUCGCCGCUGCCUCUGCCGUUACAGACUGGUUUGUCCCUUCAGAGAGCUCCCAAAGAUAUGUACUUCAUCUGCUCUGCCUUCAAUCUCCGGCUGAUCUCUGAUUCCAUCGUCAUGAUCUCGUCCUCUUCAUUACACUCUGCUAUCUUCCCAUUCCCAUUCUUGCAGCUGAAUGAUGCAGCAGAAACAGCCGCAACUUUGUUUUUCAAACAUAGACCCCUCAUGAAUUAGACGAACAAGAUAAUCAUAAAGUGGAAGCAGAAGAAGUGAGUACUCCAUGCAUCUCAAUGCUUCUAGAAUAAAUGUUCUUCAAGCUUAAGAUGAUUUGGUUAGUUCAAUGAAAGAAGCUGCAUCUAAGGAACUUUUAAUUGUGAGCCGUGAUCACCAUGUGUACGGAAACCUCCCGAAAGAUCUAAUUGUUCAGGUUCCCACCGUCGUGGUUUGAUGGAUGCCAUGUAGGAAAAAUGCCACCUUGGCUACAAUGGUGUGUGCAACGGAAGUUUUUUUUGGGGCUCGUGCUCUCUUAUUCCUUUUAAAUCAUCCCUUAGGCAAUUGGUUUAAACUGAAUGCAGGUUCUUCUCAUUUUGAAGGUUGUCUGUAUGUUAUUGGUUACUUGUUGGUUUGAUUGAAGAACAAGAAAAGCUUAUGUUGAAGUUCUUUAUGAUAUGCAAAAGUUUGUAGCUUUCAGCGUAUUGGCGGCAGCUCCUACAAGUGGUCUUUUAUUGUUGCCUAAAGUUUUGUUGUAGCUUCCCCUUGGCAUGCCUCAACAGGAUUUCAUGACAUGGAAUUCUGUAAUCAGGGGCUUAUGUAUGGAUGCUAGACAUAAAGAAGCCCUGACACUUUUCUUUGACUGCUUGAGGAGUUUCGAAGAUUAUAAACCAGAUCACCUAGCAUUUGCUACCAUUCUCAAGUCUUGCACUACCCUUUUGGCUGGCACCUUGGGCAGAACUCUACAUAGUUUUGUUGUGAAGCAGGGCUAUGGUUCGUGCCAGGUCACUUCCAAAGCACUACUUAACAUGUAUGCCAAAUGUGGCGCAUUUGAUGACUGCCAAAAACUUUUUGAUCAGUUGAGUCCUAAUGAUCCUGUUAUUUGGAAUAUUGUUUUAUCUGGUUUUUCUCGGUUCAAGAAGCAUGACUAUGAUGUGAUUCGAACAUUUUGGAAUAUGCAUGCAAGUGGAGAGGCUAAGCCUAAUUCUGUUACUGUUGCUACUAUUCUUCCCAUUUGUGCUCAGUCAAGGGAUCUGGAUGCUGGGAAGAGUGCCCAUGCUUAUUUAAUCAAAUCAGGAUAUGAAACAGACACCCUUGUUGGAAAUGCUCUAGUAUCAUUUUAUGCGAAGUGUGGACUGGUGUCUAAUGAUGCAUUUGCUGCGUUCAGUAACAUUAUUCACAAAGAUGCUGUUUCAUGGAAUGCAAUGAUUGCAGGUCUUGCCGAGAACAAGUUCUUCGAGGAUGCAUUGGCAUUUUUCAGUUCAAUGGUGAGAGGACCCUUAGAACCAAAUUAUGCAACUAUUGCAAGUAUUUUACCUAUUUGUGCUUCAUUUGAUAGAAACGUUGCCUACCAUUUUGGAAGACAAAUCCACUCUUAUGUGAUACAACAGAUUGAAUUGUCAAGUAAUACUUCUGUCUCUAAUUCUUUAAUUAGCUUUUAUGUAAAAGUUGGGCAAGUGGCAAAGGCAGAAUACCUUUUCUGGAAAAUGGAUGCAAGGGAUUUGGUUUCUUGGAAUGCUAUUAUUGCGGGAUAUGCCUCUAACGGUGAAUGGUUGAAAGCAUUGCAUAUGUUUGGUAAUUUGACAUUUGCUGAGAUGUUAUUGCCAGAUUCUGUAACUAUUGUUAGCAUCCUUCCUGUAUGUGCUCAGUUAAGAAACUUAGAGGUGGGAAAACAGAUUCAUGCUUAUGUUUUUAGAAACUCUUUUCUAUUUGAUGAUACAGCAGUUGGAAAUGCCUGUGUAAAUUUCUAUGCAAAAUGCGGUGAUAUAGACGCGGCAUAUCAUACAUUUUUUAUGAUAUCAAGGAAAGACGUUAUUUCAUGGAAUUCUAUUCUUGACGCCUUUGGAGAGCAGGGUUGUGGUUCUAAAUUUUUAAGCUUAUUACAUUGGAUGCUUAGGGAAGAAAUUAGGCCUGAUUUUGUUACAAUAUUGACUAUAAUCAAUUUUUGUGCUUCUCUUUUGCAAGUAGAAAAGGUUAAAGAAAUUCAUGGCUGUUCAAUUAAGAUUGGCCUUUUGGGUUGUGAUAUUGCAACCACAGUUGGGAAUGCUAUUCUUGAUGCAUAUUCCAAAUGUGGUAACAUGUUGUAUGCACACAAAAUGUUUCUAAAUCUAUCAGAGAGGAGAAAUUUAGUCACUUGCAAUUCACUGAUUUCGGGCUAUGUAGAUUUAGGAUCACCUCAUGAUGCAAAUAUGGUAUUUAAACGGAUGUCUGAGACAGACAUUACCACCUGGAACCUCAUGGUUCGAGUGUAUGCUGAGAAUGAUCUUCCUGAGCAAGCGCUCUGUUUGUUCUCCGAGUUACAGGCUCAAGGGAUGAGGCCUGAUGCAGUGACUAUUAUGAGCCUCCUUCCUGCAUGCACACAAAUGGCGUCAGUACAUUUGUUGAACCAGUGUCAUGGUUAUAUCAUCAGAUCUUGUUUUGAUGAUGUUCGCUUGAAUGCUGCCCUCUUAGACACUUAUGCCAAAUGUGGCAUCAUAGGCCGUGCAAAUAAGCUAUUUCAUUCAAGCAGUGAUAAGGAUCUGGUUAUGUUUACUGCAAUGAUUAGUGGGUAUGCUAUGCAUGGUAUGAGUGAUGAAGCACUUGGGCUUUUUUAUCAUAUGAUCAAUCUGGGAAUCAAGCCAGACCAUGUCACCUUCACUUCUGUGUUGUCUGCUUGUAGUCAUGUUGGCCUUGUAGAUGAAGGACUGAAGAUAUUUUAUUCAAUAGAGAAAAUCCAUGGGAUCAAACCAACUUUGGAGCAAUAUGCUUGUGUGGUGGACCUACUAGCUCGAGGUGGCCGUGUUCAUGAUGCAUAUGCUCUUGUUGCCAAGAUGCCAAACAAAGCUAAUGCAAAUGUGUGGGGGACACUGUUAAGUGCCUGCAAAAUACAUCAUGAGGUGGAAUUGGGAGAAGUUGUGGCUGAUCAGCUCUUUGAAACUGAUUCUAAUGAUAUUGGAAACUAUGUUGUCAUGUCAAACUUGUAUGCAGCAGAUGCUAGAUGGGAUGGGGUCAUGGAGGUCAGAAGGAUGAUGAGGGACAAAGAUAUGAAAAAGCCAGUAGGAUGCAGUUGGAUUGAAGUUGAUGGAAGAAAUAAUGUAUUUGCAGCUGGGGAUUGUUCCCACCCACAGAGAAGUAUUAUUUACAUUAUGCUGCAUACAUUAGAUCAUCAAAUUAAAGAACCAGUUGAAUUUUAGCUCAAUGCGGUUGGGGAUUGUCGUCUCCACACCGACACUUUUUGCAACUUCUACUUUCGCUAGGAAAUCUGUUGGACUUGUUGGAGAGGCGUUAUGGACCUGAAUCAGAUGUAUGCUGGGGUUAUUUUACACGUCUUAUAAAAUGAGGUUCCAUCUUUUUGGGCUGGUCAUCCAUGGAUUGUUGAUGACAACAUUGUACCUGAUAAGCUUCUGGGCUCUACUGUAUUCUCGUGCUUGAAACUCUAUGCUUCUGAGUGAGCUGUGAUGGAGUCUCUCAAUAACCUUUUGCUCUCUGCAGGUGUAAAGCUCAUCCAAGGAGACCUGCCUUGUAUUAGCUGCAUUUUGCACGAAGUUAAGGGCCAAGCACUCAUUGAGUUUCUUACAACUGACGAUGCCUCAGCAUCUCUUUAUUUUCAUGGCGGUACACUUUUUGGCUCCACUGUCAAAAUUAGGCACCCCGAAGAUUGUUCAAAUUACUGUAAGAACAAAAUUUUUACCCAUCCCUGAAUUACUUAUUGCUUUCAAACAUGAUUUUGUUGACAUGAAACCAUUGGAUGCCAUUAACUGUUUACCAGUAGAGCUGUAAUCAUCUCGAGCUGAGCAAAUUUUUAAUGU